AUGACGGAUUCGGUGCCUUCGCCCCCUCCCCAGCCGAGCCCGGACGCCAAUGGCGUUGCGACCACGCCGUUUGCUGCUGUCGAUCCUGUCAAGGUUGUCGACCAUCUCGUCCUCCUGCUUGAAGCUACCCUCGGCGCAAAGCGAGACGAGCUCGAAGCUCCCGGCAGUCUCCUGUCCAAGGUUCGCUAUUCGGACACCGUUCAGCGUUGCUCUCGCUUUGCCUUGGAUACCCAGGUUGCCCUGUACAUACAGAAAGAUCUUGCUCCCACCACUACACUUGAUGGAGAUAAUGGAGCCGAGGCUGAAGAGCCCGAGCCUACCCAUGUGUAUACUAUUUCAAGCGAUCUGACCUCGUCCCCAACGACUGUUGCCUACCUCGUCUUGCUGAAACGCCCUCAGCCUCUCGACCCUAUCGUCCCGCUCACCUCCCAGAUCCAGAUGCUCAACCUGCCGGGCCCUGCAUACCUAUCAACGAGCGGCAGCGAGCAGGGACCUACCAGCUCCCCUUACGAGAUUCUCCAGCUGUAUCUCCACAACGGUCUUGCUCCAUAUUUCGAUGCGAGCACCAAAAGCCAGCAGUUGCUCAACGGUGCCAGGGGCCGUCCCGAUGUCGAUGCCAAGACUGGAAUUCCUGUGACCAAGAAGCGCUGGACGGAGCUGGAACUGAGUCUGUCUCACCUCCAGCAAAAUGUCGAGAUCCCCGAGGUGUCUCUGCCCUUUCACCCUCUCGUACAGAGUACGCUUGAGGAAGCGGCCACCAAGAAUGUCAAACCCUCCAUCGACCUUCUUCCAGCCACCGUGCUAGCGGACAGCACGUUCCUUAACAACCUGCAGGCCACUGUCAACAACUGGAUCAAGUCUAUUCAGGUGAUUACCAAGAUGACGAGGGACCCGACGACCGGCACGGCCAACCAAGAAAUCAACUUCUGGUUGUCCAUGGAGGCAGCCCUCGAGGGAAUCGAGAACCAACUGCGGAGUGAGGGCGUUAUGCUCACGCUUGAUAUUCUCAAGCAUGCCAAGCGUUUCCAGGCCACUGUCAGUUUCACGGCUGAUACGGGCUUGAAGGAGGCCAUGGAAAAGGUUCAAAAGUACAAUCAGCUCAUGAGAGAUUUCCCGCUCGAUGAGCUGUUGUCUGCCACUACCCUCACAAAGGUUCAGGAAUCUAUUGGGCAGAUCUUUGGCCACCUCAACAAGAAGCUGAGGAUAUGCCCAUAUCCCAUUCGCCGCGCACUUCCCUUGGUCGAAGCCAUUUCUGGUGACUUGGACGAGGUCCUACACCGACUGCUUCCUGGAACGGAGCUGGUCAAACUCGACUAUGAAGAGUUCAAGGGUGUCAUGAAGCAGGCGGGCAGCAUCUUCCGCGCCUGGGACGAAAGCAUCAAAGAAUUCACCAAUGUCGCUCGUGAAGUGACUCGCCGGCGCAACGAGAAGUUUAUUCCUAUCAAGAUUAACCCACGUCACGCUGAGCUGCAGUCUCGCUUGGACUAUGUCCACAACUUCCGUGAUAACCACGAGCAACUCCAAAAGACGAUUAUUAACGUGCUGGGUCCCAAGGCCACUGUUAAUGGCAUUGUUACGGCGUCUGGCGCUAAUGGCGUCGCUGUAGUCGAGGAAAUCGGCGAUGUGGACGCGGUUGAUGAGGUUAAGCAAGCUUGGGAGGCUUUGAAGGAUGUCGAUUUGCUUGAUUGUACCCGUGAAGGCACCGAAAAAUGGGUACGCGCAGAGAAUAUCUACAACGAGCGCACUGCUCGUGUGGAGAAUUCCAUCAUCGCCCGCCUUCGUGAUCGUCUGGCUACGGCCAAGAACGCCAACGAGAUGUUUCGCGUCUUCUCCAAAUUUAACGCCCUGUUCGUGCGUCCCAAGAUUCGUGGUGCUAUCGCAGAGUACCAAACACAGCUCAUCGACAACGUAAAGCAGGCCAUUAGCUCUCUGCACGAGCGUUUCAAGCAGCAAUAUGGCCACUCGGAGGCUCAUGCUAUGGCUCAGCUUCACGAUCUGCCACCGGUGUCAGGUGCUAUAAUAUGGGCCAGACAAAUUGAGCGGCAACUUGACCAGUAUAUGAAGAAGGUGGAGCAAGUCCUUGGCUCAGAUUGGGCUCUUCAUACCGAGGGCCAAAAGCUUCAGAAUGAGAGUGAUCUGUUCAGGAAGAAGCUGGAUACCAGGCCCAUCUUUGAGGCUUGGCUUCAUGAUGUCCAGAGGAAGCAGAUAUCCAUCUCCGGCUUGCUGUUCACCAUCAAUAGGAUUCGCUCUGCUGGAAACAUCCUCGAGUUGGCCGUGAACUUCGACGCGCAGGUCAUCGCGUUGUUCAAGGAAACCCGAAAUCUGCUUUGGCUCAACUACCCUGUCCCCCAUUCGGUCAACAACGUGGCCAAAGAGGCAAAACGCGUAUAUCCCUUUGCUGUCAGUCUGAUGGAAAGUGUCAGGACAUUUGCCCAGACAAACCGCCAGAUUUCUGACAUGUCCGAGGUUGCUGUGCUGCUGAGCGGCCACCGCAACGAUGUGUACACGCUGAUCUCCAAGGGCAUACCGCUCCGGUGGGAGACAUUCGUCAAUACCUACGAAGUGCACUUCAAGCCAACUUUCAAUCCCAACACCCCACUGGGCCAGACAGGCUCCAAGGUUAGCGAGACGAAGCAUGUCAUGUUCAUCCGCGAGUUCGCUGCUUCGGUUUCGUUGCUGCAGUCCAAGACUCUCCUUCUUGCCAAUAUCUAUGUCACGGUACAAAAGGCACUCAACGAGCUCAAGACCUGUCCUUACGAGGCAUCGGCCUUCCAGUCACGCCUCGAAACCAUCCAGCAUGCAGUUGACCAGCUGAACUUGGAGCAGUACGUCAACCUUGGUUACUGGGUGGAGCGCAUGAACAGGCAAAUCAAGGAUGUUCUGUAUACUCGUUUGCAGGUCGCAAUUCAGGCUUGGAUACAGGCAUUUGAAGAUGAGGAUGUUGAGCGUCCGAGCGAGCGCAAGAGGCUUCUGGAAAUCGCUUCUCCUGAUGCGGCGAAGUCGAUUGGUCCGGUUAUCAAGAGUCUGGUGCACGAAAUUACCAUGCGGAAUCAAGUUAUUUAUCUCGACCCGCCUCUCGAAUACGCAAGAGCCAGCUGGUUUGCCCAGUUGCAGGACUGGAUUGGGGUUAUCUGCAACCUAAAGAAGAUCAAGGCGACCAGGUACACCAUGAGCCUUAGCACAGAAGUGGUUGAUGAGCCGCGCUUCAAUGAUCUUCCCGGUGAUUGUACUGAGGAGCUUCUCAGGGUGCAGACUUCAGUGGAGAAGAAGAUUCGCGAGAUUGGCGCUUAUGUCGACAAGUGGUUGCAGUUCCAGUCGCUCUGGGAUCUCCAAUCCGAGCAUGUCUAUGAUGUUCUUGGUGACCAGCUUUCAAGGUGGCUCCAGCUUCUUCAGGAGAUUCGCAAGACCAGGCAAACAUUCGAUACCACUGAGGUUAGCCGCUCGUUUGGCCACAUCACCAUUGACUAUGAUCAGGUCCAGACAAAGGUCAAUGCCAAGUACGAUCAGUGGCAGCAGGAUAUUCUCAUCAAAUUUGCCAGCCGCCUCGGAAACCGCAUGCGUGAAGUGUAUGCCGAGCUCGAGAAGGCUCGCAAGGACCUCGAGGGCCAGGCAAUGACGGCCAACUCCACGGCCGAGGCCGUCCGGUUCAUCACGAUUGUCCAGAGCUGCACUAGACAGGUUAAGCUGUGGGCUCCCGAGAUUGAAACCUUUAGGCAGGGUGAAUCGACUCUUGUCCGCCAGCGAUACCAUUUCCAGAAUGACUGGUUGCAUGCCGAGCAGGUGGAUGGCAUGUGGGAUAUGCUCAAUGAACUGCUUGCCCGCAAGAGCAAGAUUGUUACCGACCAGUCGGAUGCCCUUCGCGCCAAGAUCACUGCCGAGGACAAGGUGGUCAACGACAAGAUUGCCGAGAUCGCUCACCAGUGGAACGAAGAGAAGCCCGUGUCUGGCACCAUUGCUCCGGACGUCGCCUCUGCCACCCUCACGCAUUUUGAGCAGCGCAUUACCAAGUUGCAGGAGGAGUCGGCCAUGGUUGCCAAGGCCAAGGAGGCGCUCGAUUUGGCGCCAACUCCUGACACUUCGCUUGGUGUUAUCCUCGAAGAAGUUCAAGACUUCAAGUCUGUUUGGGCGUCACUGUCUACCAUCUGGAAGAACCUCAAUGAGCUUCGUGAGACGCUUUGGAACAGUGUUCAGCCGAGAAAGAUCCGUGCGUCGAUCGAUAAUCUUAUCAAAAUGACCAAGGAGAUGCCGAGCAGAAUGAGACAGUAUGCUGCGUUCGAGCAUAUCCAGAACGUGCUGAGGCAGCUGAUGAAGGUUAAUUCUAUUCUGGGCGAGCUCAAGUCGGAGGCUGUGCGUGAUAGGCAUUGGACCAAGAUCUACAAGCAAAUCAAGCCAGGUAAACGCUACUCUCCUGUCUCAAUGACCCUUGGAGACGUCUGGGAUCUGAACCUCGUCGCUACUGAGGUGAUUGUCAAGGAUAUCAUUAUCCAGGCUCAAGGUGAAAUGGCCCUCGAGGAGUUCCUCAAACAGGUCCGCGAGACAUGGACGAACUACGGUCUUGAGCUUGUGCAGUACCAGCAGAAGUGUCGCCUUAUCCGUGGCUGGGACGACCUUUUUGCUAAGUGCAGUGAGAACUUGAACUCGCUCCAGGCCAUGAAGCACUCUCCUUAUUACAAGGAGUUCGAGGAGGAGGCGUCCUCUUGGGAAGAGAAACUCAACCGCGUGCAUGUCUUGUUUGAUAUCUGGAUAGACGUCCAACGCCAGUGGGUUUAUUUGGAAGGCGUAUUCCACGGCAACGCGGAUAUCAAGCAUCUGCUGCCCAUCGAAUCUUCUCGCUUCCAGAACAUUAACAGUGAAUUCUUGGCGGUUAUGAAGAAGGUCUACAAGCAGCCCAAUGUCUUGGACGUGCUGAACAUCCCCAAUGUCCAGAAGUCUCUUGAGCGCCUCGCUGAGCUGCUCAACAAGAUCCAAAAGGCGCUCGGCGAGUAUCUCGAGAAGGAGCGUGUUUCAUUCCCAAGAUUUUACUUCGUUGGUGACGAAGAUUUGCUGGAGAUGAUUGGUAACAGCAACGACACCAUGCGCAUUGCCAAGCAUUUCAAGAAGAUGUUCGCUGGCCUCAACGGUCUUGUCAUGGAUGAUGAGGGAGUCAUCUCCGGCUUUACCAGCAAAGAAGGCGAGACAGUCAGACUCAAGAAGGAGAUCAACCUCGUGAAGACCCCCAGGAUCAACGACUGGCUCGCGCUGCUGGAGAAUGGUAUGAAGGUUACGCUUGCCGAACUGCUCGCUGAGGCAGUGGACGAGUUUACACCCAUUUUCUCGAGCGAAAACGUUGAUCGCGACGCCCUGAUCAAGUUCAUGAACACCUACCCCAGUCAGAUCGUCGUGCUCGCUACGCAGGUGGUUUGGACCACCGCGGUGGACCAGGCACUCGCCGAUGGCGGAAAGGACCUCCAGUUGCUGUUUGACCGCGAAGUUCAGGUCCUUCGGAUGCUUGCUGAUACUGUUCUCGGCGAUCUUGAAGUCCUGCUUCGGAAGAAGUGCGAGCAGCUUAUCACUGAAUGCGUCCACCAGCGCGAUGUGAUUGAGAAGCUCGUCAAACUUAACGCCAACUCCAACACACACUACAUGUGGCUUCUGCAGAUGCGCUAUGUUUACAACCCAGAAGGGGACUUUCUCCAGCGUCUGCACAUCAAGAUGGCCAAUGCCAAGCUUAACUAUGGCUUUGAAUAUCUCGGUGUUCCUGAUCGACUUCGGUUGGGUGGUUCGCCAUAUGGUCCUGCUGGAACAGGUAAGACGGAGUCCGUCAAGGCGCUCGGUCUACAGCUCGGUCGCUUCACGCUGGUCUUCUGCUGUGAUGAUACCUUUGACAACCAGGCCAUGGGCCGUAUCUUCCUCGGUAUCUGCCAGGUCGGUGCUUGGGGCUGCUUCGAUGAGUUCAACCGUCUUGAGGAGAAGAUUCUCUCGGCUGUCUCGCAACAGAUCCAGGAUAUCCAGCUCGGCCUGAAGAUGGGCGCCGAAGAUGAAAAGGCGCAGAUCGAGCUUGACGGCAGACAAAUCCACGUCAACGCCAACGCCGGUAUUUUCAUUACCAUGAACCCUGGUUACGCUGGCCGUUCCAACCUGCCCGAUAACUUGAAGAAGCUGUUCAGGAGCGUGGCCAUGUCGAAGCCCGACAAGGAGCUCAUUGCUGAGGUCAUGCUAUACUCCCAGGGCUUCAAUCAGGCAAAGCAGUUGAGUAAGCAUACUGUGCCGUUCUUCGACCAGUGCUCUCAAAAACUGUCCAAGCAGGCGCAUUACGACUUCGGUCUCAGAGCCCUCAAGAGCGUGCUGGUUAGUUCCGGUGGCCUGAAGCGCGCCAGACUGCUGGAGACCGGCGAGGCUGAGUCGCUUGGCCCUGAAGAUGUUGUCGAGCCUGAGAUUAUCGUGCAAAGCAUCAGAGAAACAAUUGCCCCCAAGUUGAUCAAGUCCGAUGUGGAGAUCAUGAUGGAGAUUGAAAGUGUUUGCUUCCCUGGUGUGAAGUACGUACCUGCCAGCCUCGAGAAGCUGCAAGAGGCCAUCAGGCGUUUGGCGGCAGAAAGGCAGCUGGUGGUCAACGACAUCUGGAUGACCAAGGUCCUGCAGCUUUAUCAGAUCCAAAAGAUUCACCAUGGUGUCAUGAUGGUGGGCAACUCUGGCUCGGGCAAGUCGGCUGCAUGGCGGUUGUUGCUCGACGCCCUACAGCAAACGGAGAACGUCGAGGGCGUCUCUCAUGUCAUUGACAGCAAGGUCAUGUCUAAGGAAGCUCUCUAUGGCAACCUGGAUUCUACCACCAGAGAGUGGACUGAUGGUCUGUUCACCAGUAUUCUCCGCAAGAUCGUUGAUAACCUUCGUGGAGAGGACGCCAAGCGCCACUGGAUCGUCUUUGACGGUGAUGUCGACCCCGAAUGGGUCGAAAACUUGAACAGUGUUCUCGACGACAACAAGCUUCUCACUUUGCCCAACGGUGAGCGUCUUAACCUCCCACCCAACGUUCGGAUCAUGUUCGAGGUCGAAAAUCUCAAGUAUGCCACCCUCGCUACUGUCAGUCGAUGCGGUAUGGUUUGGUUCAGCGAGGACACCGUCACACCCGAUAUGAUGGUUUCCAACUACAUUGAGACCUUGCGAACCGUCGCCUUCGAAGACCUCGACGAGGAUGCGGUCGCUACAGGCCAGAGCUCUGCUAAGGCACUGGCUGUCCAGAGCCAAGCCGCUGAUCUGCUCCAAGAGUUCUUGACGAGAGACAACCUGAUCAAUGAGGUUCUCAAGGAGGCUGCAAACUACGAGCACAUCAUGGAGUUCACAGUCGCGAGAGUGCUUAGUACCUUGUUCUCGCUCCUGAACAAGGCUGUCAGAGAUAUCAUCGAGUACAACUCCGCUCACGUUGAUUUCCCUAUGGAUCCAGAACAGGUGGAGGGGUAUAUUGCCAAAAAGGUGCUCCUUGCUUUGGUCUGGGCACUCACUGGUGAUUGCCCUCUCAAGGAUCGCAAGGCCUUUGGUGACAAGGUCGCAGGAUUGGCGAGCUUCGGAUCACCGCCACUGGAUGGCACGAGCUCGUUGAUUGACUUUACCGUCACAAUGCCUCAGGGCGAAUGGCAGACUUGGCAGCAGCAUGUUCCUACCAUCGAGGUUAACACCCACUCGGUAACUCAGACUGAUGUCGUCAUCCCCACGCUCGAUACCAUCCGUCACGAGGAUGUGUUGUACUCAUGGCUAGCUGAGCAUAAGCCGCUGCUUCUUUGCGGUCCUCCGGGUUCCGGUAAGACGAUGACGCUGUUUAGCGCUCUAAGGAAAUUGCCCAACAUGGAGGUCGUCGGCCUCAACUUCUCGAGUGCUACUACACCGGACCUACUCAUCAAGACUUUCGAGCAGUAUUGCGAGUACAAGAAAACCUUGAACGGUGUUAUGCUUUCGCCUACCCAGAUUGGACGCUGGCUUGUCAUCUUCUGUGAUGAAAUCAACUUGCCUGCUCCCGACAAGUACGGUACUCAGCGUGCCAUUUCCUUCCUCCGCCAGCUGGUUGAACACAACGGCUUCUGGAGAACGUCAGACAAGGCAUGGGUCACUCUUGAUAGAAUCCAGUUUGUCGGUGCUUGCAAUCCUCCUACCGAUGCUGGUCGUACGCCCAUGGGCGCGAGAUUCCUCAGACACGCACCUCUCAUCAUGGUUGAUUACCCCGGUGAGCUGUCGCUCAUGCAGAUCUAUGGCAGCUUCAACGCGGCCGUUCUCAAGGUCAUUCCCUCGCUGCGCGGAUACGCCGAGGCACUUACCCAGGCCAUGGUGCGCUUCUAUCUCGAGUCGCAAGAACGGUUCACACCCAAGAUUCAACCGCACUAUGUCUACAGUCCUCGUGAAUUGACGAGAUGGGUGCGUGGUGUGUACGAAGCCAUCAGGCCGCUUGAGACCUUGUCCGUCGAGGGCCUCAUCCGUAUCUGGGCCCACGAAGCGCUGCGUCUGUUCCAAGACAGAUUGGUUGACGAGGAAGAGCGCAAGUGGACUGAUGAUGCGGUGCGCAGAAUUGCCAUGGAGUACUUCCCUACGAUCGAUGAACACAAGGCGCUUGGCGGACCUAUCCUUUUCUCUAACUGGCUAUCCAAGAAUUACGUACCGGUCGAUCGCGAGCAGUUGCGCGAUUUCGUCAAGGCCAGACUCAAGACUUUCUGCGAGGAAGAGGUUGAUGUGCCCCUCAUUCUGUUCAACGAUGUCCUGGAGCAUGUCUUGCGCAUUGAUCGUGUGUUCAGGCAGCCUCAAGGCCAUUUGAUUCUCAUUGGUGUCAGUGGCUCGGGCAAGACGACGCUGUCAAGAUUUGUGGCUUGGAUGAACGGUUUGAAGGUGUUCCAGAUCAAGGUGCAUGGCAAGUAUUCGGCGGAGGACUUUGAUGAAGAUCUGAGGGAGGUGUUGAGGAGGUGUGGUUGCAAGGGAGAGAAGAUCUGUUUCAUUAUGGAUGAGUCCAACGUGCUGGAUUCCGGUUUCCUCGAAAGGAUGAAUACCCUUCUCGCUAACGCGGAGGUGCCGGGCCUGUUCGAGGGUGAUGAUCUUGCUGCGCUCAUGACAGCUUGCAAGGAAGGCGCGCAGCGCCAGGGCUUGCUGCUUGAUUCACAGGAAGAGCUGUACAAGUGGUUCACAGGCCAGAUUGUCAAGAAUCUUCACGUCGUGUUCACCAUGAACCCGCCCGGUGAGGACGGCCUGUCGUCCAAGGCUGCCACGUCGCCUGCGCUCUUUAACCGUUGCGUGCUCAACUGGUUUGGAGACUGGUCCGAUCAAGCACUGUUCCAAGUUGCACACGAGCUUACUCAUUCUGUGGAUUUGGAUCGGCCGAACUGGACCGCACCGGAUACCAUUCCCGUUGCCUACAGGGGUCUCAACUUGCCGCCUUCGCACAGAGAGGCGGUUGUCAACGCGAUGGUUUACAUCCAUUACUCGCUGCAGCGCUUCAAUGCCAAGCUGCUCAAACAGCAGGGCAAGAUCACUUUCCUCACUCCCCGCCACUUCCUCGAUUUCGUUGCCCAAUACGUCAAGCUAUACAACGAAAAGCGGGAAGAUCUCGAAGAGCAGCAACGCCAUCUCAACGUUGGUUUGGAGAAGUUGCGUGACACCGUCGACAAGGUCCGUGACCUCAGGGUCACACUCUCGGAGAAGAAGGCUCAGUUGGAGCAGAAGGACGCUGAAGCCAACGAGAAACUGCAGCGCAUGGUGGCUGAUCAACGCGAGGCCGAGCAAAGGAAGAACAUCUCUCUCGAGAUCCAGGCCGCGCUAGAGAAGCAGGAAGCCGAGGUUGCAUCCCGCAAGAAGGUCGUGCUUGAGGAUCUCGCCAGGGCAGAGCCAGCUGUCGAGGAGGCCAAGGCUUCCGUAAGCAGCAUCAAGAGGCAACAUCUCACGGAAGUCAGGUCUAUGCCUACUCCCCCUUCUGGUGUCAAGCUUGCGCUUGAGUCCGUUUGCACGCUCAUUGGCCACAAGGCGAACGACUGGAAGACGAUCCAGGGUAUUGUGCGCAGAGAUGACUUCAUUGCCAGCAUUGUCAACUUCAACAAUGAGAAGCAAAUGACCAAGAGUCUCAGGGUCAAGAUGCGCAACGAGUUCUUGGCCAACCCGGAGUUCACUUUUGAGAAGGUCAAUCGCGCGUCCAAGGCCUGCGGUCCCCUCGUGCAGUGGGUGGAGGCGCAGGUUAACUAUGCUGAGAUCCUGGACCGUGUUGGUCCCCUCAGGGAAGAAGUCAUGUUGCUUGAGGAACAGGCUUUACAGACCAAGGCCGAGGCCAAGGCUGUUGAGCAGACAAUCUCCACCCUUGAAAACAGUAUCGCGCGGUACAAGACCGAGUACGCCGCACUCAUCAGCGAGACGCAAGCCAUCAAGGCGGAGAUGUCGAGGGUGCAGUUCAAGGUUGAUAGGAGUGUCAAGCUUCUUGACAGCUUGUCGAGCGAGAGAACUCGUUGGGAGGAGGGCAGCAGGUCUUUCGAGACACAAAUCAGCACGCUUGUCGGCGACGUCCUUGUCGCGGCGGCUUUCUUGGCUUACAGCGGUCUGUACGACCAGACCUUCCGCAAGUCGAUGAUGGAAGACUGGCUCCACCAGCUGCACUUGUCGGGCGUCCAGUUCAAGCAACACAACCCGAUGACCGAGUAUCUCUCGACUGCGGAUGAGAGGCUCAGCUGGCAGGAGAACACGCUGCCUGUGGACGAUUUGUGCACGGAGAAUGCGAUUAUCCUCAAGAGAUUCAACCGGUACCCGCUCAUCAUCGAUCCUUCGGGUCGCGUUACCGAGUUCCUUAACAGGGAGUCUAAGGAUCGCAAGCUUACCGUCACAAGUUUCCUGGACGAUUCGUUCACCAAGGUCCUUGAAAGUUCCCUUCGUUUCGGUAAUCCCAUUCUCAUUCAGGAUGCUGAACACCUCGAUCCUGUGCUCAACCACGUGCUCAACAAGGAAUACCAGAAGACCGGUGGCCGUGUCCUUAUCCAACUUGGCAAGCAGCAAAUCGAUUUCUCGCCUGCAUUCAAGCUUUACCUCUCUACCAGAGAUCCAUCUGCUACGUUCGCGCCGGAUAUUUGCAGUAGGACGACCUUUGUCAACUUCACGGUCACGCAGAGCAGUUUGCAGACGCAGUCACUCAACGAGGUUCUCAAGUCUGAGAGACCUGACGUAGAUGAGAGGCGGUCCAACCUUAUCAAGCUGCAGGGCGAGUUCAAGGUCCAUCUCCGCCAACUUGAGAAGAAGCUGCUCCAGGCGCUCAACGAGUCGCGUGGCAACAUUCUUGAUGACGACCAUGUUAUCGAGACACUCGAGACCCUCAAGACGGAGGCGGCCGAGAUUUCAGCCAAGAUGAGCAACACCGAGGGCGUCAUGGCCGAAGUGGAGCAGAUCACACUGCAGUACAACAUCAUUGCCAGGUCUUGCAGUGCUGUCUUCGCCGUACUCGAACAGCUGCACUAUCUCAACCACUUCUACCGGUUCUCGCUGCAGUACUUCCUCGAUAUCUUCCAUUCUGUGCUCCGCGGAAAUCCCCAUCUGGCAAACGAAACAAACCACAAUGUUAGACGGGAUAUCAUUGUCAAGGAUCUCUUUGUGGCCACCUUCAAGCGCACCGCGCUGGGUCUCUUGCAGAAGGACCGCAUCACUCUUGCUAUGCUUCUUGCCCAAGCUUCGCCCUACAAGAUGGACAAGGGUCUGUUGGAUAUCAUUCUUGAUGAGCGUAUCGAGGGUAAGGAUGUCUCGAUUGAUCAGAACACCCGCGAAGAAGCAUUUGCGCGGGCGAAGAAGACUCCUGCUCUCAAGGACAAGAUCGACGCAGUUCCAGAAGCGGAUUGGGAGAAGUUCUUCACCGAGGAGUUGGCCGAGGACUUUGUUCCCAAGAUCUGGAACGACGAAACUGAGCCUAACGACCGCGCGCUUAUGUCGCUGCUGCUUGUCAAGCUCUUCCGCCUCGAUCGUUUCGUCCCUGCGGCGGAGCGCUUCGUCACUCUUGUCUUUGGCUCAGACCUGUUUGACAUUGUCGAGGACCUCAAGCAAACCGUUGAUCAAGUGUCGGCCAUCCGGCCUAUCGCCCUGGUUUCCUCCCCCGGCUUCGAUGCCUCUUACAAGGUCGACGGUCUCGUUGAGCGCAUGCGCGUCCGCUGCACAAACAUCGCCAUGGGUUCGGCCGAAGCUGAAGGCAGUGCCGACAAGGCCAUCGCCAACGCCGCUCAGACCGGAUCAUGGGUUCUCAUCAAGAACGUUCAUCUCGCUCCCGGCUGGCUUCAGGGCGUGGAGAAGAAGAUGGAGACGCUCAACCCCAACCCCGAGUUCAGACUGUUCUUGUCGAUGGAGUCGAGCCCCAAGAUCCCUGUCAACUUGCUGCGUGCCUCAAGAGUGCUCAUGUACGAGCAGCCUGCGGGUGUCAGGGCGAACAUGAAGGAUUCCAUGUCGAGCAUCUCAACCAGGUCGCUCAAGAGCCCCGUCGAGAGGACAAGGUUGUAUCUGCUGCUGUCGUUCUUGCACGCCGUUGUUCAAGAAAGGUUGCGGUAUGCGCCUAACCUGGGCUGGAAGGGUUUCUGGGAGUUCAAUGAUGCUGACUACGAAUGCUCCGCGCACGUCAUCGAUACCUGGAUCGACACGGCCGCCCACGGCCGCACCAACAUCGCUCCUUCCAACAUCCCCUGGGAGAUGAUCCGUUACCUUAUCGUCGAGACCUACGGCGGCAAGAUUGACGACGAGAACGACUUCAAGAUGCUCAACCAGCUCGUCCACACCUUUUUGACGCCGUCCGCCUUCGAUAUCGGCCACAAGCUUGUCGAAGUCAGCCAUGAUGCGGAGGAUGAACAGAAGGAUGCGGCGACCGGAGGUGACCUUGUGGUGCCCAGUGGCACAUCGCUGCAGGAGUUUAUGAGCUGGAUCCAGAAGCUACCGGAGCGCGAGCCACCUACAUACUUGGGCUUGCCAGCGAAUGCGGAGAAGUUAUUGUUGGUGGGACUGGGUAAGAGUUUGAUUGGGAACUUGAAGAAGGUGACGGAUUUGUUGGAUGAGGGAGAGGCGAUUAUGGCAGAGGCUUCUGAGGCUGCCUGA